CCGUGGUUAUGGAGGACCCUUGUGUGUGGCUUGGGCCUGGAGCUAGUCUAUGUAGGAGUAGGAGUGUGUGCAUGUGGCUUGUACGCAAGGGUCCUCUACAAAUGGCAACUCAGGAGGACACUUGGGAUCACCUCCUGUAGUGACUCUUGACUUGGGAAGCAGCAAAGACGAGGGUGGCCUGGAAGCCGACUGGUGUGAAUGUGUAAAGCACACUCAGUGUUACGUUCAGCAUUAAAAUACAGUUUCCUAUUUGGGCAGAAAAUCAGUUGAAAAGCGCAGGCAGCCUUCCAGGUAGCAGAAGGCAUGUGCCACCAAGGGGCUUGAUUUCAGGAGGGUGAGGAACACUGCUGUAGGCAGCCCCUCACCACUCCUGCUUCUGAAAGAGUGGGCACUAACUUAGUGGAAUCUCAGCUUUCAGUUCUGGCUCAGCCUGUUUCAGUUUCCCCAUCUGAAGUGUGUGCUGCUCAUCUCGGGGCCCCACACGGCCCCCUGAGUAGUUAUGAGCAAACAGAACCAAAAGGGCUGCAUGGGGCAGGAGGAAGUGGGGAACUGUGCUGCCCCUCUUGGUAGGUGACUGCUGGCACUGAGGCAUGGAAACCAGCACACGCUGGGCCCCUGGCACCUGGGGUAGGUACCCAGAAAUUGGCUGCUGAGGAAGCCGCUGGGUGACUCCCCACAUGAGAAUCUUAGGGCCCCGUUUUAGAGAAGAGUGAAGACAUGCCCUGGCCUGGGGUGGACUCUCAAAGGCUGUCCAGUGGGCCCCAUGUCACGUCGGUUUUACUAGGGUUCCAGAAGUCCAAACUUACAUAAAAUUCCCCUGUCUGUAACGCUGGCCGCUAGGACAAGUGCUCUUCAUGCGCCACAUGGGCCAGAUUCAACAGAGUGAGUGUGAGUGGCACCUGGGGACCUGAAUGCCUGCCUGGCUGCCCUGCUGUGCUCCCCUGCUCUCUGGCUUCACCCCCUCUCUGUAUACAACCCUGCUCUAGGCCCCACCAUGGCGCCAUUCCUGCGUAUCGCCUUCAACUCCUACGAGCUGGGCUCCCAGCAGGCUGAGGAUGAGGCAAGCCAGCCUUUCUGCGCUGUGAAGAUGAAGGAGGCGCUCAGCACUGAGCGAGGGAAGACAUUGGUGCAGAAGAAGCCAACCAUGUAUCCUGAGUGGAAGUCCACGUUUGACGCCCACAUCUAUGAGGGCCGCGUCAUCCAGAUCGUGCUGAUGCGGGCAGCCGAGGAGCCCGUGUCCGAGGUGACCGUGGGUGUGUCCGUGCUGGCCGAGCGCUGCAAGAAGAACAACGGCAAGGCUGAGUUCUGGCUGGACCUGCAGCCCGAGGCCAAGGUGUUGAUGUCUGUACAGUACUUCCUGGAGGACGGAGACUGCAAACAGUCUCUUCGCAGUGAGGAGGACGCCAAGUUCCCCACCAUGAACCGGCGCGGAGCCAUCAAGCAGGCCAAGAUCCACUACAUCAAGAACCACGAGUUCAUCGCCACCUUCUUUGGGCAGCCUACCUUCUGUUCCGUGUGCAAAGAGUUUGUCUGGGGCCUCAACAAGCAAGGCUACAAAUGCAGGCAAUGCAACGCUGCCAUCCACAAGAAAUGCAUCGACAAGAUCAUCGGCCGGUGCACUGGCACUGCCACUAACAGCCGGGACACCAUAUUCCAGAAAGAGCGCUUCAACAUUGACAUGCCGCAUCGGUUCAAGGUUUACAACUACAUGAGCCCCACCUUCUGUGACCACUGCGGCAGCCUGCUGUGGGGGCUGGUGAAGCAGGGCUUGAAGUGUGAGGACUGUGGCAUGAACGUGCACCACAAGUGCCGGGAGAAGGUGGCCAACCUCUGUGGCAUCAACCAGAAGCUCUUGUCCGAGGCCUUGAACCAAGUCAGCCAGAGAUCUUCCCGGAAGCAGGACUCGGGGCCUUCGGAGCCUGUCGGUAUAUACCAGGGUUUUGAGAAGAAGCCAGGAGUUGUUGGGGACGACGCUCCAGGUGAAGCUGAGUCCAAUUCCCCCACUAAAGCUCCCAUUUCUGAUCAGGGCACAGACAAGGGCCUAUUGAACAAUGGGACCUACGGCAAGAUCUGGGAGGGCAGCACCAGGUGCAGGAUUGAGAACUUCACCUUCCACAAAGUCCUGGGCAAAGGCAGCUUUGGGAAGGUACUGCUUGCCGAGCUGAAGAGCAAAGGCCAGUUCUUCGCCGUCAAGGCCCUCAAGAAGGACGUGGUGCUGAUCGACGACGACGUGGAGUGCACCAUGGUGGAGAAGCGGGUGCUGGCGCUCGCCUGGGAGAACCCCUUUCUCACCCACCUCUUCUGCACCUUCCAGACCAAGGAGCACCUGUUCUUCGUGAUGGAGUUCCUCAACGGUGGGGACCUGAUGUACCACAUCCAGGACAAAGGCCGCUUCGAGCUCUACCGUGCCACGUUUUACGCAGCUGAGAUCAUCUGUGGAUUGCAGUUUUUACACAGCAAAGGAAUCAUUUACAGGGACCUCAAGCUGGAUAAUGUGAUGCUGGACCGGGAGGGCCACAUCAAGAUAGCUGACUUUGGGAUGUGCAAGGAGAACAUAUUUGGGGAAAACCGAGCCAGCACUUUCUGCGGGACCCCUGACUACAUCGCCCCUGAGAUCCUGCAGGGCCUGAAGUACACGUUCUCUGUGGACUGGUGGUCCUUUGGGGUCCUCCUCUACGAGAUGCUCAUUGGUCAGUCCCCCUUCCAUGGUGACGAUGAGGAUGAACUCUUCGAGUCCAUCCGUGUGGACACGCCACAUUAUCCCCGCUGGAUCACCAAGGAGUCCAAGGACAUCCUGGAGAAGCUCUUUGAAAGGGACCCAGUCAAGAGGCUGGGAAUGACAGGAAACAUCAAAAUCCACCCCUUCUUCAAGACCAUCAACUGGAUUCUGCUGGAGAAGCGGAAAGUGGAGCCGCCCUUCAGGCCCAAAGUGAAAUCUCCCGGAGACUACAACAACUUCGACCAGGAGUUCCUGAAUGAGAAGCCGCGCCUGUCUCACAGCGAUAAGAACCUCAUCGACUCCAUGGACCAGACGGCAUUUGCAGGCUUCUCCUUUGUGAACCCCAAAUUCGAGCACCUCCUGGAAGGCUGAGGCUGGCAGACCUGUCCUCCAAAGCCCUGGGUGCAGCGGGCUGACAGCCUUGGCGGCACCUGCCACUGCCCACUGGACUGCAGUGACAGCCCCGCCUCUGCUGCCUCCCUGCUCCGAGGGGCUCAGCUCCCACUGGCUGGGCUCUCACGGUACUUGCUCUGUGAACUGUGUGUGAAUUCGCUUUCCUCUGGCCCAGAGGGAAACUGUAAAUCCUGUGUUUCAUUACUUGAAUGUAGUUAUCUAUUGAAAAUAUAUAUUAUAUAUAUACAUAUAUAUAUAUAAAAUAGGCUGUAUAUAUUGCUCAGUAGAGAGAAAGCAUGUGGGGGACUGGUGAUAUGUUGAUA